AUGCAGACCAAGGCCCUCCUCGCGGCGUUGCUGGCGACACCUGCCGCCGUCAACGCUCAGCUUCACAACCUGGCCGUGGCCGCCGGCCUUGAGUACUUCGGUACAUGCCUGGGCGAGAGCGCCUACAACUCGGAUUCUACCUACCGCCGCAUCAUCAGCGACAAGAACGAGUUCGGACAGGUCGUUCCAGAGAACGGCCAGAAGUGGGAUGCCACCGAGCCGUCGCGCGGCAACUUCAACUACAACAGCGGCGAUAUCUCGGCCAACGCGGCUAGGGCCAACGGCCAGCUGCUGCGCUGCCACACUCUGGUUUGGCACUCGCAGCUCCCGGGCUGGGUCUCCUCUGGCUACUGGACGCGCAGCACUCUCCAGAGUGUCAUCGAAACGCACAUCAAUAACGUCAUGGGCCACUACAAGGGCCAGUGCUACCACUGGGACGUUGUGAACGAGGCCGUCGACGACAACGGCAACUGGCGCGACUCCGUCUUCUACCGCACCUUCGGCACCGACUACUUUGCCAUCGCCUUCCGCGCCGCCCGCGCCGCUGACCCCAGCGCUAAGCUCUACUACAACGACUACAACCUCGAGUACAACGGCGCCAAGACCGACAGGGCGCUCGAGCUGGUGCGCAUUAUCAAGAACGCUGGCGCUCCCAUCGAUGGUGUCGGCUUCCAGGGCCACUUGAUUGUUGGCAGCACCCCUAGCCGUAGCAACCUGGCUACUGUGCUCCGCCGCUUCACUGCCCUCGGCGUCGAGGUUGCGUACACCGAAAUUGACAUCCGCCACUCGAGCCUGCCUGCCUCGAGCUCGGCCCUCGUCACGCAGGGCAACGACUACGCCAACGUCGUCGGCUCUUGCCUCGACGUCGAGGGCUGUGUGGGUAUCACCGUUUGGGGCUUCACUGAUAAAUACAGCUGGGUCCCCUCCACCUUCAACGGCGCCGGCGACGCCCUCAUCUACGACAGCAACUUCAACAAGAAGCCCGCAUGGACCUCCGUCUCGUCCGUGCUGGCCGCCAAGGCUACGGGCAACCCACUGCCUGUUACCAGCACCACCUUUGCGACCGUCACCACCACCAGCGUCCGUCCAACCACCACCUCCGCUGCGCCGACCACAACCGCUGCUCCCGCUCAGCCCGAGCAGACUCGUUGGGGCCAGUGCGGUGGUAUCGGCUGGACUGGGCCGACUAGUGCCUGCUUUUCAAUUGAUCUCACCAUGUCUCGUCGUCUUCUUGCCAAAACCGCCCUUCAACCCUUCCGGGCCUUCCUGGCCCCGGCCGUUCGCUACCAAACCACCGAGACAUUCAAGGGCACUGCCCGUAUUCCCACCGCCGUAGCUACGCGGGUAUCGGACAGUAUCAAGCGCGACCACCGGGAACUAGAACAGUAUUACAACAAAAUCAAGUCUUCCAGCAGCGACGAUGAGAAAACCCGCUGGCAGAACCAGUUUGUGUGGGAGCUAGCUCGGCACUCGGUUGCAGAGGAACUGGUUGUCUACCCCGCCUUCGAACGCCACAUACCGUCUACGGGACACGAUAUGGCGGAAAAAGACCGCUCCGAGCACCGCAUCGUCAAAGAGAAACUCCACGACUUCCAAUCCAUGUCCCCCAGUGACAGCAACUUCCUGCCAACGAUCGAUUCCCUGUGGCAAGUCCUCUCCCAACACAUUCGCGAAGAAGAAAGAGACGACCUGCCGGCUCUGGAGGAGCAUGUGGAUGCAGGGACGUCGGAUAGUUUGGCUAGGAGUUUUGAUAGGACCAAGCAUUUUGUUCCAACGCGGAGUCAUCCGAGUGCACCGGAUCGCCCGCCUUAUGAGACCGCGGCGGGAAUGUUGGCUACGCCGAUGGACAAGUUGAUGGAUAUGUUUAGGAAGUUUCCGGAGGCAUAG